AUGUUCCUCAACUUAGUCACAGUGCCGCCUCCCUCGUCUCCCGUUUCUCCCUCCUUGUCUUCCCACGAUGGCGCCUUGGAUCCACUCUUGGGCAGUGAUGCCGCUGCAAGCCAGCUCGACGCGGCGGUGGACAGCCUGGUCAGAGACGCCUCGCGUUCCACAGUCAACUCGCAUCUUUCAGGGGCCUUGCGAGUCGCCCCCGAGUCCAUGCCCGUAGCGAAGGCGAGCACGGCCGCGCCGGGAACGGGUCUCUCUCCUGAAGCGGCUGCAGCUCUCUCCGACAUGCCUCCGCGAGUCUUCCAGCGCUCGUCAGGCGGCCUUCUGCCGGGACGCGUGCCCGUUCCUCGCGGCGGGGGGCUGCGUCGAGAGGGUCAAACGGCAGACACUGGGACAGGCGUGGCCUUUCAGGCGGGGACACAGGGGCCUGCGGGGCAUGCAGAGGAGUCGGUGAUGCCGUCGAUCGGGUUGGCAUACGUCUAUUUCGUGAUUUCCCAGGUUUGCUGUGGCUUGCUUCUCGAAGUUCCCCUGUAUACGUUUUCGCUGUAUUUCGCACAACUGCUUCACCUGCAGUCUCUCACCUUCUCUCUCUCUCCUCAGUGCCGCCAAGCAGCCGAAGUCUCAGCCGUGCACUACAACCAAGCUGCUCGAGACUACGGUCUGCCCACCAACCAGAGACGUGCUGCGGGCGCAGCACCCGUGGAGGGCGACGAGCUGAGGGAGGAAAGGUUAGAUGAGCGACGAGAGCAAGAGGAGGAGACACAGGGGCGAGGAGCCGGGGGCCCACCGGGGGACCGCCCAGAGGGAGACAGACACCGGAACCGUCUUCAGCGUAACGAUCCCGCAGCGGUAGUCGAGGAACUGCUUCGAGAGGCUCAGGAGGCCUACUCGAUUCGGGAAGUCGAAGGAGGGCGAGGCGCGUCACCGAGCGCGGAACGAAGACACGGACAAGAGACCGAAGACGGGCAGGGAGUGGCAGGUGAAAGAAAACAGAGCGAGAGAGGCAGCGGGGAAGCUGGAGAGGAAACCCGAGACGAGGACGAGACGUCUUCGGUUGUCUCCUCAUCUCUUCAGACGCCUAUGGAGGGGUCGCGAAACACACUCCGCAGCAGCGGGCCUGUGUGGGGACACAUACAUUCUUAUUCGCGAGGAGGCCACGAGCUCGCUGCUGUAGAGUCCCCGUCCCGUCCCCCUUCAUGUGCAUCUUCAAUGUCCAGGAGCCAGCCAGUGGAGUUCACUGCGGCCUCAGACCCUGUCGAUCCAGCGGAACGCCGGACCGGAACCGGCGAAGGCGGAGACAGGCCUUGUCCCGGUGCUGCGGAGACUCCUUCGAGGUGGGGAGACGCGCGAGUUGAUUCGCGCGGCCACCAGCGUCCGAUUCCUGACGAAAGGGACGCAAGGGACCGAGCGCGAAUCAGUCGCGACCGCAGUGCCGCUCAAGCUCGACAGGCUGAGGCAGUUGGGAGCGCGCCGCCGGCGCAAGAGGGGCAAGGACGAGACUCGUCUCUCAAUCAGCGCUUCUUCGCGCCAGCCGCGGCAGUGCAUCUGUUCGUCAGGCUUUCGGCGCACCUAGGAAUCAACCGCUUAGUCUGGGACAGGCGGUCGGGCGAAGGCAGAGAGCAAACGCGAAGGCGGCGAUCACGCAUGCCCUCAAACACCCCUCUGACUCCCAGUGCCGACAUCCUUGCCACUGCGUGGCCGCAUCGUGCAGGCGGGCGAGGGGGCGAGUCUGUGAGGCCAGCUGAUCGAGAACGCAGGAGGGAGACAGCUUAUCGAGAGCUGGGCCGAAUCGGGGCAGUCCUCAACACUCUCCGUCUGUGGACGGAGGAAACGUGGAAGGGGUCCCCGCGGCGGCUGGUUCCGUGUCUCGACAAAUUCAGUGGACUCUUCAACCGCAUCAGGACUGUCGGGUGGCAUGCACCGAACGGGCGGUUCCGUUUUCGAGAGCUCGUUUGCCAGCUGCAUCCGUAUCGCCUGCUGUCAGUGUCUCCGCUCGUCUUCUUCCCGAGUGCCUCUCAGCGCCUUUUCUUCACCACUUUCUUCUUCUGGCUCCUCCGCUGUAUCUACGAAGAUGGCGCCGAAGACGCUGUGACCGAGGACGCGUGGACGUUCCUGGUUAACGGCGGAAAUCUCAUCAAAGUGGCGGUCUCGUUCAGCAACUACAAUACCGCCCGACUGGCAGGCAUCGGCCCUCGCUACUACAGCGCAUUUUCUUCCUACUCGCGCAGUGACACUACCGCAGAAGCCGCGCAAAUUCGACCGGCGUCAUCGCAUCCCUUUGUUUCUGGAUUCGCGAGCCCAGUGGGGGGAAUAGGAUCCUUCUCGCUGGCCCGGCAGUGGACCGUGUGGUGGGCUGUGAUUCUUCUCGGGCUGCUUUUCAUCUCUUACAGCCUUUUGGCUCUUUUCAGCGCCUUCGGUGUCCUGCCGUGGCAGCUUCUUCACUCUCUCCUCAUUCAUCGCCACACCCGCGUCGCCACGUACGCCCAACAGAGGGAGCGGGAGACGAAGGAGAGACGGGAGAAGCGACGCAGGCAGUGGGAGGCACUCCAGGCGACCUCCGAAAGGGGUGCCGCGGGGAGAGAAGGCGACAGCACGGAGGCGCGAGAAGACGAACCUCGAGGCGAAGCCGUUCUCCGCGAGUGGAGAGAGCAAGAGGGGAUUCGGCGCAGGCGGCACGCCGCCUCAAUCCCUGAGCACAUACCUUUGCAGUUGUCGGCCUUUCGAGACGAAGAGGAAGACGAAGAAGAGAUAUGCAUCUUCUGCUUCGAGGAGUUCAAACCAGAGGACAUUCUUCGCGUCGUGAAUGGCUGCGGCCACAAAUUCCAUCGCCACUGUGUGGAUGUGUGGCUUUUCAAACGACAGAAAGAGACGUGCCCCAUGUGUGGGCAGCUCCGCAGCCCUAGGCGAGCCAAGUGA